GACAAGAGCUGGAUACAGAAUGAGUGUCUUCGUAGAGUUAGGCACAGACACACAGAGCAGCCCGUAAGGAACAUAUCCCUGUCUGCCUCAAUGCCAGCUUCUUCAACAUUAGUCCAUUUGUUUGAAAUGCAGACUUUACAGCUCUACCUGUUGUAUCUGUGUACUAUUCUCAUGUACACCGGUGUAGCUGCAAAUCUCAGUGACUGUGAAGCAAUAGGAAAAAUAUGCCAUGCCCACGCAGAGUGUGUAAAAACACGCAACAGCUUCACUUGUGUUUGCCUGCUUGGAUACAGUGGAGAUGGACUACAAUGUGAAGACAUAGACGAAUGCACUCUUGGUAUUCAAAGCUGCAAUGUACAAGCGCACUGUAAGAACACACCAGGCAGCUACAGCUGUGUAUGCCUGGUUGGAUAUUCUGGAGAUGGAAUUCAGUGUGUGGAUGUAAAUGAGUGUCAAACCGAAAAUGGUGGCUGCCACAAUGAUGCAAUUUGCACUAAUACAAACGGGGGGAGAACAUGCCGGUGUAAGAGUGGGUUCACUGGAAAUGGGCUUGACUGCACUGAUGAUAAUGAAUGCAACAGGCCAAGUAUAUGCCACUGGAAUGCUGUCUGUACUAACAUUCCUGGAUCAUACAUAUGCACAUGUAUUUCUGGAUAUAAAGGCAAUGGUAACUAUCUUUGCCUGGACACUGAUGAAUGUUCAGAAAUUCCAGGUGUGUGUAAUUCCUAUUUGGGUUUCAAGGGCUGCAAGAAUCUACCGGGAACCUACCAAUGUCUUUGCAGCACUGGCUACCAGAGCAAUGGGAAAAGCUGCAUAGACAUUAAUGAAUGUGCAGACAGUAUCUGUAGUAGGUUUUCUAACUGUGUGAACACUCCUGGUUCUUAUCAGUGCACUUGUCAGGAAGGUUUUGCUGGGAAUGGUAUAACUUGCGUUGAUGUCAAUGAAUGCAGUGGGGCGAAUCUUUGCGACCCAAACGCAUUGUGUAUCAAUGUGCUUGGCAGCUAUGAGUGCUCAUGUCGCACUGGUUUCCUUGGAGAAGGGUUCCAAUGUACCGACAUUAACGAGUGUAAAGAAAAUAAUGUCUGCCCAGUUGGUGCAAUCUGCGUCAACACUGCAGGCUCAUUCCGCUGUGACUGUGGUCAAGGCUAUAUUUUCAAUAAAACCAAGUGUCAGGAUCUGGAUGAAUGUGCUGUAGGCCUCUGUAGCCACCAGGCUUCAUGCACAAAUUCUCCUGGCUCGUUCACAUGUGCGUGCCUUCCUGGUUUUGCUGGUGAUGGUUUAUCAUGUGUGGAUGUGAAUGAAUGUGCUACGUCCCACAAAUGCCACUCCUAUGCCCUAUGCACUAAUCUUCCUGGGAGUUACAACUGCAGUUGCAUGGUGGGCUACACAGGUAAUGGCCUGACACUAUGCUCAGACAUUGAUGAGUGUCAACUGGACAAUGGUGGGUGCAGUGCCAAGGCCAGAUGUGUUAAUAGCAUGGGAUCCUUUUCCUGCCUCUGUUCCUCAGGGUUUAACUUAGUCAAUGGCACCAUAUGCCAGGACAUAGAUGAAUGCCUGGUACUGGAAAAGCCUUGUAAGAUCAAUGAGAAAUGCUCUAAUAUAGAGGGUUCAUAUGAGUGCUCCUGCCUCACAGGGUUUACUCGUCCCAGUAAGAACGCAGGAUGUUCUGAUGUUGAUGAGUGCCUAAUACAUCAGUCAUGCCAUCCCAAUGCUACCUGUGUCAACUCAGUUGGUUCUUUUAUGUGCACUUGUAAAAAUGGCUUCAGAGGAAAUGGUAUUUAUUGUGAAGAUGUGAAUGAAUGUGCAGUAGAGGGUGCAUGUCACCCAUAUGCUUUGUGCCACAACAUCCCUGGUGACUUCUCCUGCCAAUGCCAAAAGGGCUUUGAAGGAAAUGGCUUCACCUGCUUGGACGUGGAUGAAUGCGUGCAAUCAAACACUACCUGUCCUGCUACCUCAGCAUGCAUUAAUUCUCCCGGAACAUAUGUGUGCUCUUGUAUGAAUGGUACUGUGGUAUACAAUAACACCUGUGCUCCACCUAGCAUAUGGUGUAGCCCUCCUUGCCAUCAAUUUGGACUCUGCCACCCUUCCCCCAUGGGAUUUCAGUGUGUAUGUGAUGUUGGGUUCAAAGGGAAUGGAUUCAUCUGUACAGACAUCGAUGAGUGUGAGCAGAAUAUGUGUCUCAGGAAUGACACUGAGUGUGUAAACAGUCCAGGCUCAUUCUCUUGCACCUGCAAAAUGGGUUAUUCUCAAAAUGGAACAGAAUGCAUGGAUGUGGAUGAGUGUACUUCUGGCAAGGCUGAGUGUAGCGAAUUUGCACAGUGUGUCAACACUGAGGGGGGUCACCUGUGCUUCUGUCUCAAUGGCUUCACUGGAAAUGGAAAAAGCUGCUCUGUUUUGGGCUUUUCCCCUGACCCUGUCCAUUUUGGAUGA